CGUGAGGAUUCCACUCGUGUCGGUGGCGCUGGUGUUGUCCGUCGUCAGGCCGUUGAUAUGUCUCCAUUCCGUCGGGUCAACUACGCCCUCUACUUGUUGGCCACUGGAGCAAGAGAAGCCUCCUUCCGAAACUUGAAGACCAUGGCCGAGUGCCUGGCCGAGGAACUCAUCAACGCUGCUCGUGGAUCUUCCAACUCUUACGCCAUCAAGAAGAAGGAUGAAAUUGAACGUGUUUCCAAGUCCAAUCGUUAA